UCAGGAGAAGCCAGGAAGCGUGUGACAGCUUUCCUAGUCAGAGAACAUCUGGCUCAGUAGGCAAGGUGUCAUCUAUGCAGCCGGCGCAGACCAGGCUCAGCCUGCCUGGGCAGUGACACGCUCGGUCCCACAGGGGGAGGCACAGCCGAGACAGUAUGACGCUCAGGAGAAAUGUCUACAAAGUUCUGUGCUUUGGGCUGAUUCUGGUUAUUGCCUACAAUCUCUUCCUGGUGUUUUAUACCAAGGCGAUUUUACAAAAGUUGAUUCUGAGUAGUCUCCAAAAGGAGCUCCAUUUGCCACUGUCUGAAUGGAACGGGACUGUGAUAAAGAGACUCUCACACUUGGAGUUGGAUUUUCAGCAUCUGAAAAAAAGUGUGCAAUUGGUUGUGAAGCAACAAGAACGUGUGGACAACAUACUGGAGAGGGUGGAAGCCAAGGCGAGUGAGAUGAAGAAGCAGAAACCCAGAGAGAAACUCUUCCCAGACUCACUGCUUUUCAAGCAGUGGGGGGAGGAUCUUCCUGAGGCUGAGCAGAAAAAGGCCCAGGACCUCUUCCAGAAGUUUGGUUACAAUGUUUACCUCAGUAACCAGUUACCCUUCAAUCGUCCCAUCCCAGACACACGAGAUUCCAGGUGCCUUCAGAAGACAUAUCCUUCCCAGCUCCCAUCCCUCAGUGUCAUUCUCAUAUUCGUGAACGAAGCUCUGUCCAUUAUACAACGGGCCGUCACCAGCGUCAUCAACCGGACCCCCUCGCGACUGUUGAAGGAGAUCAUCUUGGUGGAUGAUUUUAGCUCAAAUGAAGAACUAAAGGCAAACUUGGAUGAGAAGAUUGAACUUUACAACCAGAAGUAUCCAGGACUACUGAAAAUAAUACGGCAUACCGAGAGAAAAGGUCUUGCUCAAGCACGCAACACUGGCAGGGACGUGGCCACGGCCGAAGUGGUUGCCAUCUUGGAUGCUCAUAUUGAAGUAAACGUUGGGUGGUCAGAGCCCAUCUUGGCUCGAAUUCAGGAAGACCACACCGUGAUUGUGUCUCCUGUGUUUGAUAAUAUUCGUUUUGACACCUUCCAACUGUAUAAAUAUAAUUUGGCAGUUGAUGGGUUCAACUGGCAACUCUGGUGCCGCUACGAUCCACUGCCAAAGGACUGGAUUGAUCUGAAUGAUGUCACUGCUCCAGUGAAGAGUCCUUCCAUCAUGGGCAUCCUGGCUGCCAACAGGCUCUUCCUGGGAAAGAUCGGAUCUCUGGAUGGUGGGAUGCUGGUCUAUGGAGGAGAAAAUGUGGAACUUAGCCUGAGGGUGUGGCAGUGUGGAGGGAGAAUUGAGGUCUUGCCCUGCUCCCGGAUUGCUCACCUAGAGAGACACCACAAGCCCUAUGCUUUGGAUCUGGCACCUGCCUUGAUGCGCAAUGCUCUGAGGGUGGCUGAAACCUGGAUGGAUGAGUACAAAGACAUGGUCUACUUGGUCUGGAACAUACCUCUCCAGAACUCUGGAAUCGAUUAUGGAGACAUUUCUUCCAGAAUAGCACUCCGUGAGAAACUGAGAUGUAAAAGUUUUGACUGGUAUCUGAAAAAUGUUUAUCCAGCAUUGAAGCCAAUGCACAACAUUGUGGCCUAUGGAAGAAUGAAAAACUCACUGGAUCAAAACAUCUGCCUGGAUCAGGGACCCAUUCCAGGCAAUACCCCCAUCAUAUAUUCCUGUCAUAUAUACAGUCCACAGUAUACCUACUACCACCUAACUGGGGAAUUCUAUGUGGGAGGACUGAUUGCAGAGAAAGGUGUUGAUGAUCGCUGCCUGACAGACCCUGGCUUUGGGGAGAAGCCCACUUUAGAACCAUGUUCCAAGGCAGCCAAAAAUGGACUGCACAUACACUGGGAUUUUAAACAGACACCUUCUCGUGCCUCCUCCGACAGCGCUCAGAGAAAAAGGGCCAUUUGAAGCCCUUUCUGUUGUUGCCUUUUGAGACUUCACAGCUGCUGGAUGGCCUAGAAACACCAAGUUAUGCAAACUUCGUCUUUCCAAUUUUAUGGUUUUCAUCCAUUUUCACACUCUUCCCACCUUCAGUCCUAACUUUCAUUUCUAUGCAUCUGUCUUAUCAACUUGAAUGGUGCAGAAAGGGAAGCAGGAUCACUGGAAAUCAGGGAUGGUCUAACAGGGGUGCGCUAACAGGGGUGUGGAGAAGGUUUUCGGGUCACACCUCAGGCUUAGAAGGCUUCCUGACCAAAGUGGGAUUUGAGGAGGUGAGUGAGGAGACAUGGACUCUCUCUGCUCCAGAGGCCUGAGACUGUCCCAAGGAUGUGGCCACAAGUAAACAGAGAACUGGGAGCAAAGAGAGCCAAAAAUAACUUUGCCUGGAUGGACUGAAAGGGCAAGGAAGAGAGGAGGGCAAGCCCUGGGACAGAGACAGGGUUGAACCUAAAGGAACACAGCAGUCAUCAAAAAUGUCUUCCGUAAUGCUGUCUCCCCAAGGAAUGUGGAGAGAAACAAAUGAAUACUUACUUACGUUUUAUCUUCCACUGUAAACAUUUCCAAAACAUAUAAAGGCAAAAAUAAAUAAAUAAUAAACAAACACAAAUCACAUGUGUGAUCUUACCACUUUGAGGUAAUAGUUACAAAUUUCUCUUUAUUUCCUUCUCUCUUUCUUUCUUUGAAUCUGUGUCUGGCUAUGUUUAUACAUUACAUAAAAUUAGGACCAUAGCUUACAUACAGUGGUAGCCUGAUUUUUUUUUUAAGUUUAGUAUUUUGUAUAGAAAUCCAGCAUUUUUCACUAGUCUGUUAUUCAAGGAUUUAGAAAAGUCAUCUGUCAAAAGACAGAAGUUACUAGUACAGGCUUUGGAAAAUACCUCUCUAGAACAAUGGUGUCUGUGUGUUUCUUGCAGGCACAGGUUUGGGGUGGAGCAGACCCCCUCAGACUACCAGCCCAGCACAGGGUGCCUGCUGUUCUGAGGACAAAGAAGGCAGACAGAGGCACGUUAGGAAAAACAGAGCUCUGUUCUCCCAGGGUGGGGUGAGAGGGAGCCCAAAGGGCCGAAGCUG